GUUGCCCUCUGCUGGUUCCAGCCAGAACUCCUGCAGAUCUCCGUCAUGGCGGCUCAGACUCGAGCUCUGGUCUCCACUCAGUGGCUCAUAAACGCCGUCAAAACCAACCAGGUUGGUCCGAAGCUGCGGGUUCUGGACGCGUCCUGGUAUCUGCCCAAAACGCAGCGCAGCGCCAAGGCGGAGUUUGCGCAGCGGCACAUUCCCGGUGCGUCGUUCUUCGACAUCGACGCCUGCAGCGACCAGAACUCCGGACUGGAUCACAUGUUACCGGACUCCAGCGGCUUCUCCCGGUACGUCGGAGAUCUCGGAGUCAGCAACGACACGCACGUCGUCGUGUACGACGGCAGCGACUUCGGCUCGUUCAGCGCGCCCCGGGUGUGGUGGAUGUUCCGGGUGUUCGGCCACAGCUCGGUGUCGGUUCUGGACGGAGGGAUGCGGGGCUGGAUGGCUGACGGCGGCCCGCUCACUGCAGAGUCCAGCCGGCCGGAGCGCACCGACUUCAGGGCGACUCUGAACCGGUCCUGGGUGAAGAACUACGAGGAGAUUCUGGAAAACAUCAGAACCAAGCGGGUCCAGGUGGUGGAUGCCCGAGUAGAGGGUCGGUUCAGAGGCACCGAGCCGGAACCAAGAGACGAUGUCCUACCUGGACAUUUCCCUGGAACCAUCAACAUGCCAUUCACCAGUUUCCUGGAUGAAAGUGGGAAGCUGCAUGGAGCUGAGCGUCUGUCGGAGAUGUUCAAGGAGGCAGGUGUGGACCUCCAGAAGCCUCUCUGGGCUACCUGUGGUUCAGGUGUGACGGCCUGUCAGGUAGCUCUGACUGCUCACCUGCUGGGACACCCUGGGGUUUGUAUCUACGACGGGUCCUGGAGUGAGUUUUUCAUGAAAGCGUCUCCAGAGUACAUCAUCUCUGAAGGAGAAGCCAAGAAGGUCUGAAGCAGCAGGAUGAUGCUGGAGUCUGUUCUGGAUUAGACCAGACCACCUGUAGCAGAGAGAUGUAGUUCUGUUAUUUUACUAAUCUAAGAUGUGAUCAGCGCUUUGAUCGAUCCAUCAGCUGAUGGGAUGUAAACGAUGCUGCUGGUUUUCAGGGAACCGACUGGUGGCCUUAAGCUGAGACGUUUGCUGGUUGGAUGACACGGCUGCAGUUUUAGAUCCCAUCAUGACAGGAUUUUAAAUCUGGUGUUUAAUUUGUUUUAUUUUAACCUGGAAAAAUGAGCCAGUUUACAGCUUCACCAACAGAUAAAUUGUUAUUUCAUCUCAAAUCUCCACAGACGUCUGCUUGACUGUCUCUGGUCUGUCUGAAACUUUUAGAUCAUAAAAUAUGGAUAUUAUUUCUAAAGAUAUUUGUGAAACUUUAGACCUUUAGAGAUAAGAUUUUUUUUUAGAAAUUGCCCAUUAAUAUCUGAAAAAACUGAAGCCAUCACGAACAGUUCCAUCUUUGAGAACACAUUAACAAAAAAAUGAAUUCAUCUACUGAUCCAAUAUUACAGACUCUGAAUCAAUGACAUGAUGAGAAAUAAGUGUGAAACUUUCAGGUUUUUAUCUUUAGUAGUUCCUUAGAUAUUGUUGUUCAAACAGACUCAGAUUUCAAUGUGAGAAAAACCUGCCGGCAGCAUGGCGACGGGUGAUUUUUAUCUGAUAUAUGGCGCUAAAUUCUCACAUUUAUCUUUAUAAAUAUCCAUUUUAUGUGAUAGCAAAAAUUUCAGACAAACAUGAGACGAUGGAGCAGAAGCACUUUUACAUUUGGUGAUUUGAGACGGUCUUAAAUGGAGCAUGUUGGAUCAUUACUUCAGAUCUGAUGUUACAAACAGAAUUGAUGGAAACGUUGUUGAAGAUGACGACAUGAACCUCACAGUGUACAUCAUCCUGAUACUGAGCGAUGGCACACAUCUCUACAUGUUACAUAGAGCAUGUUACCAAAUGAACUCAACAGGGACACUUUGAACAGCUGUUACGAACUCAUUCCUGUUACAGAAACGUUAGAAGGGUCUAGAGUACGACGUCAGAUUACAAACUACCAGUUCAUUAAAUUCAGGCUCGACUGAGAGCUCAGUGAAACUAAAGAUGUUGUUCUUGUUCCGUGUCAGCAACACCUUUUCACCUCAUGCAGCCUCAUUUCAUCAUACUCUCCCCUCCGUUCUUCACUGUCAGGACUAAGCAUUCACUGUUGUUUGAUGUAAUGAACUGUCCUUCACACUGUGGUUCUUUGUGUUUCUUUUGUAACUGUUUGUGGUGGUUUUAUGUCUUUUCGUGAUGGUUUUGUUCCUCCGUGCUUCACUGUCAGGACGAUGCAUCCAGUCCUGGUCCGGUUCACACCAAACAGCUGGACUCCAUCUGAGCCCAACUCAUUUAUCAUUUGUGGAGUCUCUCAGAUUUUUCUCUUCCUCUGUUCAGUUCUUUUCCAUGUGGAGCCAUGAUGCAGACAUGGAUAGACCCAGUCCAUAGGUCCAGAACUGACAACGGUCUUAAGUCAUUUUAGACAAAUAUUAAGUCACUUUGGGAAAGUUUUUUUUGCUAUUUUGGACAUUUUUUCACUCAUUUUACACAUUUUUUGAGCCACUUUGAACAAAUCUUGAGUCAGUUUGGAGAAAUUUGAAGAGAUUUUAGACACAACUGGAUUCAUUUGGAACUAUUUUUAGCCAAUUAUAGACACAUUUUGUAAAACUAUGGAGUGAUUUUGUGAAGCUUUUUGUUAUUUUGGAGUUUGUCUUUUAAAACUUAUGCUGGGCACAUUUUGAGGAAAUUUAUACAUUUUAGAAGGUAUUUCUAAUUCUGAACAUUUUUUAACCGAUUUUGAACGACUUAUGUGUCAUGUGGACACACCUGGACAUUACAGCGACGUUGCUCAGGUGUGUUUCUGCCUCAGUAGUUCUACGAGGUUCGAGCUGAAAUUGGUCCAGAAUAACCAAAAAUUAUCCAAAAUAACUUAAAAUGCCCAGAAUGACUUAGAAGUUGCCCAGAUGAGCGACAAGUAGUCCAGACUGACUCAUAUUUCAUCCAGGGUUGCUCCAAAAUUGUGUCCAACAGGAGUUCAAACUGUCCCAAAAUGAUCAAAUUCCAGCUGAUUAGUCUGAAUGUUGACUUGAGGCCAAUAAAACAGUUUUGGGGUUUUUAAAGAGACAGUCAGAGAAGCAGAACCUCCAGCUGAAAUGUUCUGUACUGCUGUAAACCGCGCAUUAAAGUCAACGGAAAUGCGCAUUUUACGCAUCUCCAUGA